AUGUACGGUGGAGACGGAAACUACACCUUUGUACACUUCACCAAUCCCAACCAGGUGUUGUAUAUGGAGAAGUGGAGUGACGAAGAUCCCAUUCCCUUUGAUGACAUUGAUACCCAUAGCUUAUUUGAGGCCACUUCAUCGUUGUUUCCGCAGUUUUUGUUGGAAGACGAAGAAGAUGGAGGAAUGCCCUUAAAUCCUGCUAAUUUCAGUGCCAACUACUAUAAGAACAAACGGCUUCUCAGGGACGUUUCCUGGAGUGAUAAUGGCAUCUUUGAUAAGUUUUUGAAAGAAGGGAACGAGCUGGACAACCGGGCUGACAAAACCAUCUUGAAACCUCUCCACAGUAAGGCCCUGUCUGAAACUGAUGAAUUCCCCAUUUCCCAGUUCCUCAGCAACGGAUUUGCUGCUCCUGAUAACCUCGACAUGAUUCUGUCACAUGAUAUUAACGACAGUAUCAUGGGCCAUAACACGAGCGAUAUUUCCAUCAACUUGAAUACUGACUUCAUUCCUCCCAAUUUCCCCAUGCCAAAGCGUAAUAAUUCCAAUAGUAACGUGAGUUUCGCCAACGGACCCGUGCAAACUCCCAAGGUGGCCAGAGUACGACAACCUUCGAAUGAUAGAACCUACCAGACACCGGUCGCCAGGAUCCUGAGACGUACUUUCACUGAAUGA